AAGCAUACUAAUUCUGUUGUUAAACACCUAGCGUUACGAUAGAGCACAGUAUUCAACUUUGACUUGAAAAACAAACAUGGCUCCCGUUGCCAUCGACCCUCGCAUUGUAGACGUUGCAGUGCCCAAAAGGGACACCCUUGGUCUUCCGGAAUCUGCAAAAGCUCGCCUUGAAAAGUCAGGAAUUGAUCUGAGCGAGGGAUAUCCCUAUAGGCCGUCGCGCCCUCUUUACCUUGACGAUGUCUACAAGAUCAGAAAUGAGGAUCGCCCCCAUGUAGACCCUGGCACUCGUGCCGAUCCCGCAAAAAAAGCACUUCUCUCUGCGGCAAAGGAAGUGAUCCAUCUAACAAAUCAUAUUGGUACGGAGAUUGUCGGUCUUCAACUCAAGGACCUGACAGAUCAGCAAAAGGAUGAGCUUGGUCUACUCAUCGCCGAGCGAAGCGUUGUCUUCUUCCGGGACCAGGAUAUUUCUCCGCAACAACAGAAGUCCCUUGGAGAGUAUUUUGGCGAGGUUGAAGUUCAUCCACAAGUACCCCAGGUUCCGGGCGUUCCUGGAGUGAGUGUAAUUUGGCCUGCCCUUCAAGCAACCGAAAACCCAGCCAGCUUUCGCCGGCCAGGAGGAGCAUCCCGGUGGCAUACCGAUCUCGUACAUGAGAGACAGCCUGCUGGAGUGACACAUCUUCAUAAUGAUACCGUCCCGACAAUUGGAGGAGAUACCCUUUGGGCUAGCGGGUACGCUGCCUACGAGAAGCUCUCGCCCGCUUUCCGCAAGAUUAUUGAUGGCAAAACCGCCAUCUACCGCUCUGCUCACCCUUAUCUCGACCGUGAGAAUCCCGAAGCCGGGCCACAGUAUGUUGAGCGCGAACAUCCUCUCGUACGUGUCCACCCGGCUACGGGAUGGAAGGCACUUUGGGUGAACCGAGCUAUGACCAGCCGGAUUAUCGGUCUGGAUAAGGCAGAAAGCGACUUGAUUCUGGGGUACUUGUACGAUGUCUAUGAGAAGAAUCCCGACAUUCAAGUGCGUUUCAAAUGGAGCCCACGGACUAGUGCCCUGUGGGAUAACCGGUAUGUGAUACUUCCCAUCCCGUAACUUCUGGUCCAAAAGCUCAUUCUUCCACAGAAUCACGAUUCAUAACGCGAGCUGGGAUUACGAGGGAUCGCAGCCCCGACAUGGAACUCGGGUGACUUCCUUGGCAGAGAAGCCGGUGUUUGACGCGAAUGCGCCGACUCGACGAGAGGCAUUGGGGUUGCUGGG